CAUAGAAGAUGGAGAAUGCUCUUUAGGUGCUUGAGGAUUGGGUCCGGUCUCCGAAGGUCUGUGCGUCUCCCCGACUCCCCAAACCACGAGGCACAACUGGAGGGGGACACAGGGCCUCUGCACUCCAUCGCCUAUAUAAGCUUCUCAUCUUCUUGCUCAAGCGUUAAAAUCUCCUCAGCUUUUGAAGCUUAUUUGUCUCUUGUGCUCCAACCUUUUCAAAAACCACCCUUCACCAUGUACAAAUUCGUCGUCCUCGCCGCCGUGCUCGCUGUAGCCGCCGCCGCCCCCUCCCCCGUCUACGUUGCCCCCGUGGUAGCCCACCCAGUGCCCGUAGUCCACACCGCUCCCGUGGUCCACGCCGCCCCAGUGGUGCCCGUCGUCAAGACUGUCCCGGUCGUCCACCACUCCGUUGUCCGCUCCUCAGUCGUCCACGGAUCUCCCGUCGUCCCUGUCGUGAGGACCGCCCCCGUCGUCGCUCACCCCGUCGUCGCUCACCCCGUCGUCCCAGUCGUCCACCACGGACCCGCUGUCGUCGUCCACUAAGAGGUCCACCUCUUUUGCGACCCCCUCAAUCUGUGAUUCAACUCCUGACUCCACUCGAGUCCAUCCACCCUCCACUCGGAUCCUGAGCCCUGGACCCUCUUCUGCGGCUCCUUGGACCCCUGGUUCCAUGUCAUAUUCAGUGGGGGCUCCAGUCCCCCAACAUCUGUGAUCCCUCUCCUGCCCUGUUACUCGAUCUGUAAUUUAUUACUGUAAAUAGUAGCUCCCUUGUAAAUUACAAAUACAACCCCGGUUACCCUCCGAAAA